CACGACGGUCGACUGUCACGGGCUGGGGCUCCGCGGCGUCCCCAAGAACAUCCCGAGGAACGCGGAAAGGCUGGAGCUGAAUGGGAACAACAUCACUCGCAUCAACAAAAAUGACUUUGCUGGACUGAAGCAGCUGCGAGUCCUGCAGCUGAUGGAAAACCAGAUCGGCCUGGUGGAGCGAGGGGUGUUCGACGACAUGAGAGAGUUGGAACGACUACGUUUGAAUCGGAACCAACUUCACAGUUUGCCGGAGCUCCUGUUCCAGAAUAACCAGGCACUGUCGCGGCUGGACUUGAGUGAGAACCUCCUUCAGGCUGUGCCCAGGAAGGCAUUCCGUGGAGCUACUGACCUAAAGAACCUGCAACUGGACAAGAACCAUAUCAGCUGCAUUGAGGAAGGGGCUUUCCGUGCUCUUCGUGGCCUGGAGGUUUUGACUUUGAACAACAACAACAUCAGCACUAUCCCCAUCUCCAGCUUCAACCAUAUGCCCAAACUGCGCACCUUUCGCUUGCACUCCAAUCACCUCUUUUGUGACUGCCAUUUGGGUUGGCUUUCCCAGUGGCUGCGCCAGCGCCCCACCAUCGGGCUCUUCACGCAGUGUGCCGGCCCUCCUGCUCUUCGUGGCCUCAAUGUGGCAGAGAUCCAGAAAAACGAAUUCAGCUGCGCAGGCCAUGAUGAUGCUACCAGGGCCCAAAUCUGCAGCUUUUCAUCAGGCUCCUGUCCUGCCAUGUGCAGCUGCAGCAAUGGCAUUGUGGACUGUCGGGGUAAAGGGCUGACCGCCAUCCCUGCCAACCUGCCUGAGACCAUGACUGAGAUACGUUUGGAGCUGAACGGCAUCAAGUCUAUUCCCCCUGGAGCUUUCUCCUCCUACAAGAAGCUGCGCCGGAUAGACCUGAGCAACAACCAGAUCUCAGAGAUUGCCCCGGAUGCCUUCCAAGGCCUGCGCUCACUCAACUCCCUAGUCUUGUAUGGCAACAAGAUCACAGAGCUGCCCAAAGGGGUGUUUGGAGGCCUGUAUGCGCUGCAACUACUGCUCCUGAAUGCCAACAAGAUUAACUGCAUCCGGGCAGAUGCCUUUGCUGAUCUGCAGAACCUGUCACUGCUCUCGCUCUAUGACAACAAGAUCCAGACUCUGGCCAAAGGCACCUUUGCCACCCUGCGUGCCAUCCAGACCCUCCAUCUGGCCCAGAACCCCUUUAUCUGUGACUGCAACCUGAAGUGGCUGGCCGACUUCUUGCGUGCCAAUCCUAUCGAGACAAGUGGUGCUCGCUGUGCCAGCCCCCGCCGCCUGGCCAACAAGCGCAUUGGACAGAUCAAGAGCAAGAAAUUCCGCUGCUCCCCCAAGGAGCAGUAUUUCAUUCCAGGUACAGAGGAUUACCAGUUGAACAGUGAAUGCCACAGUGAUGUUGUCUGCCCAUCCAAGUGCCGCUGUGAAGCCAACGUCGUGGAAUGUUCCAAUCUGAAACUGACGAAGAUCCCAGAGCGCCUCCCACAGGCCACAGCUGAACUACGCCUGAACAACAAUGAGAUCACACUUCUGGAGGCCACAGGCAUCUUCAAGAAGCUACCACACUUAAAAAAAAUAAACCUGAGCAACAACAAGGUGUCAGAGAUUGAGGACGGGGCCUUUGAAGGGGCAGCCUCAGUCAGCGAGUUGCACCUGACUGCUAACCAGCUGGAGUCUGUGCGCAGCGCCAUGUUCCGGGGCCUUGAUGGGUUACGGACGUUGAUGCUAAGAAACAACCGCAUUAACUGCAUCCACAAUGACAGCUUCACAGGGCUGCGGAACGUGCGCCUUCUCUCGCUCUAUGACAAUCAGAUCAGUACUAUUUCACCAGGCGCUUUUGACACUUUACAGUCUCUCUCCACUCUGAACCUGCUGGCUAAUCCCUUCAACUGCAAUUGCCGUCUGGCCUGGCUGGGCGACUGGCUUCGCAAGAGGAAGAUUGUGACUGGGAACCCACGCUGUCAUAAUCCAGACUUUCUGCGCCAAAUUCCACUGCAAGAUGUUGCCUUCCCCGACUUCAGGUGUGAGGAAGGUCAGGAGGAGAUUAGCUGCCUCCCACGUCCUCAGUGCCCCCAGGAGUGCACUUGCCUAGACACUGUUGUCCGCUGCAGCAACAAGCACUUGAAAUCACUCCCAAAGGGGAUACCCAAGAAUGUCACAGAGCUCUACCUGGAUGGCAACCAGUUUUCUCUGGUUCCUGGACAGCUCUCUACUUUCCGUUCUCUCCAACUGGUGGAUCUGAGCAACAACAAGAUCAGCUGUCUCAGCAACUCAUCCUUUACCAAUAUGAGCCAGCUUACAACCUUGAUUCUCAGCUACAAUGCACUGCAGUGUAUCCCCCCACUGGCCUUCGAGGGUCUCCGUUCUCUACGGCUGCUGUCCCUCCAUGGAAAUGAUAUCUCUACACUCCCAGAGGGGAUCUUUGCUGAUGUCAUUUCCCUCUCUCACCUAGCCAUUGGUGCCAACCCCCUUUACUGUGAUUGCCAUAUGCACUGGCUUUCAGGCUGGGUCAAAACUGGUUACAAAGAGCCUGGCAUUGCUCGUUGUGCUGGUCCUGCUGAUAUGGAGGGUAAACUGUUGCUCACUACUCCAGCGAAGAAGUUUGAGUGCCAAGGGCCUCCUCCAUUGAUCAUCCAGGCAAAGUGUAACCCCUGUCUCUCCAGCCCGUGUCAAAACAAGGGAACGUGUCAGCAAGACCCUCUGGAUUCCUAUCACUGCAUCUGCCCCAGUGGUUAUAAGGGCAGAAACUGUGACCUCUCUCUUGAUGGUUGCUCCAGCAGGCCCUGUGAGAAUGGCGGCACCUGCUUGUCUCAUGAAGGAGAUGGAACCAGUUUCUUUUGCUCCUGUGCGAAUGGUUUUGAAGGUCCAACCUGCAGCUUAAAGACCAACAAGUGCAGCAGUAACAAGAUCUGCAAGAAUGGUGCCACAUGCAUUAAUGACUCCACGAAUUCCACAUGCCUGUGCCUUCCCUUCUACACAGGGACUUACUGUGAGCAGUUGAUGGAUGUCUGUGCUCCUGAGCUCAGCCCCUGCCAGCAUGAGGCCAUCUGCAGGGCCACCCCUGAGGGACCCAAAUGUGAAUGCAUGCCUGGCUAUGUGGGGGACAACUGCAGUGUUGACUACGACGACUGCCUGGACCACCAGUGCCAGAACAAUGCCAAAUGCUUCGAUGAGCCAAACGGUUAUUCCUGCAUUUGCACUGGAGGCUACAGUGGCCAGCUCUGUGAGAUCCCACCUCGUGGCUCCCUCCAGCCCAGUCCCUGUGAGAGGGCGGAGUGCCAGAAUGGCGCCAACUGUGUGGAGCUCGGCAGCCGUGCCUUAUGUCAGUGCCUCCCUGGCUUUGGAGGACCCAAAUGCGAGAAGCUGCUGAGCGUCAAUUUUGUGGACAGGGACACAUACCUCCAGUUCACAGACCUGCAAAACUGGCCUAGUGCUAACAUCACCCUGCAGGUCUCCACAGCUGAAGACAACGGGAUCCUUUUGUAUAAUGGGGACACUGAUCACAUGGCUGUGGAGCUGUACCAAGGCCACGUGCGUGUCAGCUAUGAUCCGGGCACCUACCCCAGCUCUGCUAUUUACAGUGCAGAGACCAUCAAUGAUGGGCAGUUCCAUACAGUGGAACUGGUGACAUUCGAGCGGAUGGUAAAUCUCUCCAUUGAUGGAGGCGACCCAAUGACGAUGGACGGCUUUGGCAAGGCCCAUACGUUGAACUCUGAGGCUCCACUCUAUGUGGGCGGAAUGCCUGUGGAUGUGAAUUCUGCUGCCUUCCGUCUCUGGCAGAUCCUGAAUGGCUCCAGCUUCCAUGGCUGCAUCCGCAAUCUGUACAUCAACAAUGAACUGCAGGAUUUUACAAAGACUCAGAUGAAGCCAGGAGUGGUGCCUGGCUGUGAGCCUUGCCGUAAACUCUACUGCCUGCAUGGGAUUUGCCAGCCCAACACUGCUCAUGGUCCCAUCUGCCACUGUGAUCCGGGCUGGGUUGGGCCCCACUGUGACCAGCCUGUUAGCAAUCCCUGCCAGGGGCACAAGUGUGUCCAUGGAACCUGUGUGCCCCUGGAUGCGCUCUCCUACAGCUGCCAGUGCCAGGAUGGUUACAAGGGGGCUUUAUGCAACCAGCAAGGGGAGCUGCACAACCCAUGCAAGAGCUUGCAGUGCGUUCAUGGCCAGUGCCAGAUCUCGGACACAGGAGAGGCCUACUGUGAAUGCAACGGGGGAUUCGAUGGGGACCUCUGUGACCAAGAGUCAGAGUGUCGGGGAGAGGCUGUGCGUGAUUUCCACCAGGUCCAGCGAGGCUACACCAUCUGCCAGACAACACGCCCUGUCGCCUGGGUGGAGUGCCGGGGAUCAUGCCCAGUAUCAGGCUGCUGUGCAGGACUGCGUCUCAAGCGCAGGAAAUACACCUACGAGUGCAGUGAUGGCUCUUCCUUUGUGGAGGAGGUGGAAAAACCCAGCAAAUGUGGCUGUUCCCAGUGCAUGUAGCCUCCAGCAAGGGACGGGCCAGAACCGAAAGGCAUUGGACCAGGCUUGGCCCAUUUGAGGCCUUGGGAACUAACUGGCUAUCUGCCCCUGUUGCUGCUUGGGAGAGGGGUGGGGUAAGGAGCUUGGUGUGGCAGCUGAGCAGCUCCUUUGGCAUGGGGACAGCAGUUCUUCUGGAUGGACCAGACCAAUGUGUAGAUAGAAGACUUCUGUUGGCAAACCCAGCCAACCAGAUGUAUUUAUAUACCCAGCACAGACUCCUUCUGGGGCCAUUGCUUGUACACAGUAUGGAUUCUUAGCAGGUGUGGCCAUGCCUGUUUGUUUGGCCUGAGGGACCAGGCACAGGAUCGAACCAGUUCAACCUUGUCAUUGUACCUGGUGUUGGAGCCUGCCAGUCAGCACCAUGCCCACUUUCCUACCUUGGGCAAUUUUGCUUUUCCUUUUCCUGAGUAGGCACUCUUGUUCCCUGAUCACUGCAACUUUAUCUGCUGUUCAUGGGGAUAAAUUGCAAAUAAUGCAAAGACAGCAGUCAGAGGGAAAGGCAGAACUGGUGUGUUGUAUGAAAUUAGACAAGAAAAUAAUUUAGGAGACUGGGAAAGGAUUGCAUGAAGAGCUGCCUCCAAGAACCUGUUGACCAGAAGUUAGUAAGGUAUAAAAACAGCUUAAUUGUGUGGCUGCAAGGUGGGCAUUAUGCUCAGCUCUGCCUUCACCUGUUCAGAUGAAGAAGCCAAGGGCUGGCUGAGGCACUGGUGUUACCAGAAAUGUAACCAUUUGCCUUAGCUUGCAAUGUUAUGCUUACUCACCUGGGAUCAAGCCCUGUUGAACACAGAGGGACCUACGUUCUGAGUAAACAUCUGACAUACUCUGAGUAAAGAUCUACUUGCAUUAAAGCUGGAGGAACCUUGACUGAUUCCCACUGUGAUUCUGCUGGAUGGGACAAGGAGAUUAGGUCUGGUUCAGCCACCAUCUUUCUACAGUACAAGAUCAUAUUCUGGUAAAAUACCACCUAUGUGGGCCAUGAUUUCAAAGAGAAUAAGAUCUCUAAUAUCCAGGCCAACAGUGUCUCCUCUUUCUGGUUCUCAAAAUCCCUGUUUGAUAUAAGGGUUCUUCUGCUGUCCUUACAGUGGAUGCAAGAGCUGCAAGUUGGUUAAAGAAGCUUUGGUGCCAACUUCCACCAGAGGCAGAGUUCAAUUUGCAUUUCUUAGAAGUGACACCAGUAACUUUAAACAGCAACAGGAAAACAGAUUUCUUCACUGAUGCAAGCUAAAUUCUACACAAGUAAAGCUGAAUGUGUGACCUUUCUAAAUUAUGUAAAUCAAGCACAUUUGAAGGUUAUUUGCAUAAUCUUUUUCUGCUGGUCAGGAGGGAUGAACAAAUACAUCAAACCUGACUACUAGAAACCCAGGCACAACUUUUGAGUCUUUAUGAGACAGGGUUUGAAGCAUGCAGGCAAUUUUGAAGGUCUGAAACACCUUUAUGCAAAAAAGCAAAAGCUAAGGUUCCCAAGAUGCUGCAAAUUCUAAUGCAGUAGCCCUGCAAGGCUCCACUCACAGACAGACCAUACAAUUUCUGGAGUUAGCUUUGAGUCCUUGACUCUACCUAUUCUUGUUUCCAGGGCAACCUCAGCUGCCUCAACCAGAUGUUUGUUGCUUCAGGCUAUGGAUCAUGCUUCCUACAAAAGGUUCUACUGGAAAGGUAGCUCCAGGACUCCAGUUGAGGACAUGUGAGAGUAAUACUCAAAAGGUUGCAGCUUUCUUGCCCAAAUUAUACACUAGAUUUCAGUUUCACCAAGUGGGAUACAAGUGAGGAAGGUGUUUUACUGGUGGGUGCUUUCAGAAAAUUACCAAGUGCUAAGGAAAGGAAAGGAUUCUUAUAAGCCCAAUAAAGGCAGAAAGGCUUACCUGUAACUGUCAUUCUUUGAGUGGUCAUCUGUGCAUUCACACUUAUAGACUCUGUGCUUGUAUGGAGCCAGUUGUCAGGAAGACUUCCUAGCUCAGAGCAUUAUGGCAGAAGAGCUUCACCCAUCCAAACAUCUGUUAUAAAAGGGAGGAGUUCCUGCCCUUUCCCUUCAUUCAUAUGGGACCUCUCAGGUGGCCUCAGGACUGAGGAGAAUCAAUAUGACAGACCUCAACUUGGUCCAAGUCAGAACAGUUCUGAAAGGAAAGAAGUUUGCAUACAACACCAGGUGGGGUCUAUGAAUGGUUUGUAUGGAUGCACAGAUGACCACUCAAAGAACGAAAGUUACAGGUCACAGCCUACCUUUCUUCAUCAUGGUCUCUGUGCAUCACACAUAUUGGCCACUAGCAAGCUUACCCAUUCCUGGAUGCUGGGACCAUAUUAUAUAUUGAAUUAUCGAUGAGAGGACUGCUCUCCUGAAAGCAGUCUGCCCUGGUGCGAAUGUUGAGUCUGAAAUGCUUUGCAAAGACAUCGGGAGUUGACCAAGUCAUCACUUUGUAGAGUCUGGCAGAGGAUCACUGCCUUGGUCAAAAGGGGCUUUGGGAUAAACUGAAAGUUGCACUCCUGCAAUAAAAUUGUCCUUACCACCAAAGCUGCAAAUCAGGUCUGCCCCUUGCUUUUGCCCCCACUGCUAAUAAAUAGCUUGUGUGUCUGAUAGAGCAAUUCAGUUCUGGACCACUAGAAUGGCAGCGCUGUACAAUGUCCAGAAUGUGCAAAGUAAACUCCAUAAGGUUGGAGUAGAAAGCAAAGAAGGUUGACAAAUUGCUGUCCUGGUUUAAAUGAAAUAGAGAAAUGCUCUUGUGAGGGAAGGAAGGAUCUAGGCAUAACAUCAGCUUGUCCCUAUGAGGGACAAGGUAUGGAGGAUCAACAUAUAGGGCACACAAUUCAUUGGAUUGUCACCACCAAGAAAGCCACCUUCUAGGAUAACAGAGGUUGGUAGUAGCCAUGGGUUUGAAAGGUUUUCUUAUCAGAGCCUGAAGCAUGACAAGCAGACUCCAUUCCAAUGUCACUGUCCGAACAGGUGGAAUGAUGUUUUUCAGUACCUGAAGAAAUUGCCUACUCAAGGGGUGUGAGAAAAUUGAUGCACUCUGGAUCAUGUUGUGGAAGGAAGCAAUUGCUACCAAGUAAGCACAGAAGCAUGACAUUUUUAGGCUGCACUGGAACAAGAUGCAUGAGCACCCUUGGUGGCCCAUGGAUUGUAAAACCGUAUGUAUGUAGAUCCCCAUCUCAGUCCAAGAUCAGGGACAUUCUCUUCAUCAGAUGGUCCCAAUGGGUUUCACAUGGAGUCAUGCUGGUGAUGGCAUGGAUAGCUAUCUCAGAACUGGAGUCUCGGAGGGGGCUCAUGCACGUAGUAUUUCUUGAAUCUCCUUUUCCUACACGGAGACUGAGCUGGAGUCCUCCAUACUGGCUUCAGCUCCAGUCCAUCCUGGGCGGACAGCUCCAUGGCAGCCAAGACUCUGCAGACUUUGCCUCCUUGGCCAUUUUAUUUGCCUUCCUCAGCAUUGAGGACCUCCCUGGCAUUGGCAGCAGUGACUGGCCCAUGAUCAGGGCAUUUGUCACAGGAGGCAUGGACUGUGGCAAGGACAUGGAAACAAGUUGAUGAAUGAGGUUGCUCUGGCAGGUGUGAAGUAUUCACUGCUCCAAGAGCUUUAUUCCAAAAUUCCAGCCAGCAAUGGUAAGUGCAAUACUUUCUCACCUACUCCAUGAAUGGUUGACAGUGAGGGCACUGGUCCACCAUGUGACCUUCACCCAACCACAGAAGGCAUCAGGAAGACAGCGAUUUGGUGCCAACCUCAUGCACUUGUGGAAGAGACCCUGUGAUGCCAUUGCAAGGGAGACAAUAAGAACAGAGAGGAUCGAGACUGGGAAUAGAUGAGCUGCGCAUGGUUGCAGGAUAGGGAAAAAUCAUUUAGAUGUCUGGAAAGGAAAGGAAAACAUGCAAGGAGGAAAAUGGCUUUACAGAGAGAAUUGUGAAGGGUGAGAAAACUGCUGAACAGCUCACAAGAAAGGGAGAAAAGAACUUAAAAGCACUGCAGGCAGUUGAAGAACUGAGGGAAAGGAGGGGAACACCUCCCUUUUAAAACAGAUGCCAGAUGGGUGAGUUUUUGUCAAAACACCCUUGGCUAAUAAGUCUUUCCAACUUCAGGCUCCACACAGGUGCAGAACACGUGUGUGAUGCUCAGAGACCACAAAGAAGAACAUGCUCUCAAAUACACACUGUUCCUACAUAAGAACGGUGACUGGUUGAAGAGGCCUUUGCAGUUACCAUCCCUCUGCCUUGUACUUGCCUGUGUGUAUGUAUCAGUCCUGCUUGCCUGCUAACUGUGCCACUGCCACAAGUGAAGAGGCAGUGGGUAAGUGGAAUUAAGGGGGACUCUUCUAGAACUAAGAGCUUUCAGGCCAGAAAUGCUUGUUGACAAGCAUGGCAGAGAAGCAAGAUCAAAUCUGCAUAUAAGAUGAUUUACAGAGGUUAACCUGCCACCUCUCUGGUUUUACCAUUGAAGUAUUUUCCAUUUCUAUUUAUUAUAGAAACUCCCAAAUGUGAAAUGUAUUUUCUUCCCACUGAGAAUGUGCAGCUUUUAAACUUCCAUUUGUAAGGUUCCUAAAUGAGUUACAAUUACACAAAAUAAACUAAUUAGGUUUUUGAAUUUU